AUGGAUGCAGAUAAAACACGAUAUCGAUCAGACACAAAGUGUCAUUUCUCCCGAAAUAAAGCCUUGGAAUCCAUAGCUUUACGUAAUAAAAUCACUAAAAAUAUCAAUGGGAUCAAAGAGGAUAUAGCUUUACUUAAAGAUGUUUUGGAAAAAAUAAUCGGUAUAUGCCAAGCAGAUGAUUAUACUUCAUGUCUAGAAUCGGACCUAUUUGACUCGCCACAAUCUCUACAAGGAGUAUAUACUGGAGAUUUACGAUGGAUAUAA